UGUAUCUUUCGGUUUCAUUGACACCGAAGUAUGAUCAGAAUUUCUGUGAACAUGGGAAACAACGCCGACGAAAUAGACCCAGACGUGUCUAAUAAUGAUUAUGAAUAAUGUAUAAUGUGGCAAACUGCGUGUUAAAUGGUAAAUGGCAUUUGAAUCAGUCGCCGUAAAAUAUUAACAUUCACGCGCACGUAGCCAGCACCAUUCUCUACACAGUUUAUCCAUAAAAAAUGUUGUAAUUCAUAUUAUUUCUGGAAUUUGUUAAUUUACAGGGUCCAACCGAUUUUACUACACCCAAUAAAUUGUAGAUUAUAAAACGGUUAGUUCCAGUCCUUGAUUCUGAUAAUAGCUGUGUUUUAUUCACAAUACCACUCCACUUAACGGUUCUGUGUAUCAUUGCACAACACCAACCACCCUUAGCAACAUUUUGUUCUUAUUGAUACUGUUCAUUGAAGCGUGUAUUACCUGCAUCUAGAUAUAGCUUUUUCCAUCAGGUCAGUCCUAUGUUCAUAAUAAAAAAAUCUGUUUGAAUGUCCGCUGCGAUAUCGUGUCCUUUUAACAGAUAUAUAUAUAUAUACAGUGGGUACGGAAAGUAUUCAGACCCCCUUAAAAUGUUUCACUCUUUGUUAUAUUGCAGCCAUUUGGUAAAAUCAUUUAAGUUCAUUUUUUUCCUCAAUGUACACACAGCACUCCAUAUUGACAGAAAAACACAGAAUUGUUGACAUUUUUGCAGAUUUAUUAAAAAAGAAAAACUGAAAUAUCACUGUGGCUGAGCUCCAGAGAUGCAGUCAGGAGAUGGGAGAAAGUUGUAGAAAGUCAACCAUCACUGCAGCCCUCCACCAGUCGGGGCUUUGUGGCAGAGUGGCCCGACGGAAGCCUCUCCCUAGUGCAAGACACAUGAAAGCCCGCAUGGAGGACUCCAAGAUGGUGAGAAAUAAGAUUCUCUGUUCUGAUGAGACCAAGAUAGAACUUUUUGGCCUUAAUUCUAAGCGGUAUGUGUGGAGAAAACCAGGCACUGCUCAUCACCUGUCCAAUACAGUCCCAACAGUGAAGCAUGGUGGUGGCAGCAUCAUGCUGUGGGGGUGUUUUUCAGCUGCAGGGACAGGACGACUGGUUGCAAUCGAGGGAAAGAUGAAUGCGGCCAAGUACAGGGAUAUCCUGGACGAAAACCUUCUCCAGAGUGCUCAGGACCUCAGAUUGGGCCGAAGGUUUACCUUCCAACAAGACAAUGACCCUAAGCACACAGCUAAAAUAACGAAGGAGUGGCUUCACAACAACUCCUUCACUGUUCUUGAAUGACCCAGCCAGAGCCCUGACUUAAACCCAAUUGAGCAUCUCUGGAGAGACCUAAAAAUGGCUGUCCACCAACGUUUACAAUUCAACCUGACAGAACUGGAGAGGAUCUGCAAGGAGGAAUGGCAGAGGAUCCCCAAAUCCAGGCGUGUGUGGUGCGGAGACGGAUGAACCCGAGUCCGUGAUGGAGGGAGAUUCCAUUACUCUACACACUGAUAUUACUGAAAUACAAAACGAUGAUACGAUUCUGUGGCUGUUUGGACCUAAAGACUCUGUCAUAUCUCAAAUAACAAGAAAGGCAGAUUUGACUUCAUUUUUUGUAACUGAUGAUAUGGGAUUCAGAGGCAGAUUGCAAGUGGACCAAAAGACUGGAUCUCUCACUAUCAGAAACACCAGAAUCAGACACUCUGGACGAUAUAAACUCAGCAUCUCUAGAGAAAAGACUACGACGAAGAUAUUUAAUGUCACUGUCUUUGGCGUGGUUGGUGAGACGGAUGAAGUGAAGUCAGAGUCAGUGAUGGAGGGAAAGUCUGUCACUCUACAGAAUAAUGUUGAAGUACAGAGAGAUGAUCUAAUAGUGUGGAGGUUUGGAGAUAAAGGCAUCCUCCUAGCUAAAAUCGAUGUGGAAACUAAAGAGAUCUCAUUAAACGAUGCUGAUGAGAGAUUUAGAGACAGACUGAAGCUGAAUCAGAAUGGCUCUCUGACCAUCAAGAACACGAAAACCGAAAAUGCUGGACUUUAUGGCCUACAGAUCCGAGGCCGUGAGAGCGCACAGCGAUUCCUUCUUUCUGUCAGUGCUGUUACAGAUCCGGGUCUGUCUCCAGGUGUUAUAGCAGGGAUUGUUAUUGCUGCUCUGUUUGUGGCUGCAGUUCUGGGUGCUGUUGUGGUUUACUAUCGUCGCAAGAUCUCUGAACUAAAAAAACAAAUGGUUGAAGAGACAAAAAAGUCAGCGAUGGAGGGAGAAUCUAUCACCCUACUCACUGAUCUUACUGAACUUCAGAAAGAUGACAAGAUAAAGUGGUGGUAUCAAGAUGAAAACAAUCUCAUAGCUGAAAUCAAAGAGAACAAUGAGCCCUCUAAAUUUGAUGGUACUGAUGGGAGAUUCAGAGGCAAACUGAAAUUAUUUGAGAAUGGAAAUCUCAAAAUCACAGACAUCAGAACCAUUCACUCUGGACUUUAUAAACUAGAGAUCCACAACAACAGAAGAACCAAAUAUAAGAAAUUCACAGUUUCUGUGAGCGUAAAGACAGAGUCAGUGAAGGAGGGAGGUUCUGUCCGUCUCGAGACUACUGCUACUAUACAGACAGGUGAUCUGUUGCUGUGGAUGUUUGGAGCUGAAAAGAGUCUUGUUGCUACAAAUGCUACAUGGCCAGAUACAACUGAUAACAGAUUUGCAGGAAGAGUGGAGCUGAACAAGAAGAAAGGAUGGCUGACCAUCAGGAACGUUAGACGUACAGACAGUGGACAUUAUAAAUUACAGAUCAUCAACAGCAAACAGACCACAUGCAGGAGAUUCAAUGUGGAUGUCACUGAUUCCACAGGAAGCCAAGGGAAUGAAUCAGUGACUGUAGUGACGCCGCUGUUGAAAGAUGAUGUUGCUGAAGGAGAGGAUUAGCAGGAAGAAUUGGAUGAACCAUUUUCUGAGAUGUCAAACUGGUGACUAAAAACUUAUUUCGUCAACCCAUUUAACGGAGAAAUGGGUUGACGAAACCCUUUCACAUACCAUUUUACUAAUGUUACACUUAAUACCUGUUGCUCUAACAAAAUACUGGUUUGACUCUCACAUCUUUGAUAUUGUGCGAUUGUAAACUACGAGAUAAAAUAAGAUGUGGGUAUCACCACAGAAUGCAUUAUUUCUUUGAAAAAUGCAAGAAGUGGUCGGUGGAAUGGGGAUUUUUUAUUUCAAGAAUCAAGUGCAGUGGUCAAACAUAUCCAUCUAGUGAGUGUUUACAUAAAAAAACUAUGAAAAAGUGGAAUAGAAAAACUAGAACUGGCCUUAAGGGCUUACAAACUCCUACAGACACUAAACUCAGGGAUAAAGAACUAUUUAUAUCUGCAAAACUGAUGUAGCCAGAUCCUUAAUAAAGGAUGAGGUCAUGACUACAUCCAUCAGAUUGUACUCUAAGAUUUCACAUUUGGAAGUUUUUGGUCUCAGAAUCGGUUUUUCUUUUCUGAAUGAAGCAGAAGGGAAUCACUAGUCAUUAAGCUGGUACCAUCUAUGCAGUCCAUUGGUUUGGAAAAUUGGUAGAUUUCACCAGGCCUCAAGGAAAUAUGAAGCUGAGCAUCAUCAGUGUAACAAUAAAAGCAAACCAAAUGUCUCCCAGGGAAAAUGUAUAUUAAAUUAUUAGGUAUAUUACAGUGGGAAUGGAUUUGCUUUGCCUGAUCACUUAUCUUGUAUAAUUACACUGCUUUAACUAACACUGCUUUAUAUCUGUAUAUGUAUGUAUUAUUAUUUCCUCUGUUACUGUAGUUCUGUGAUAUUUUGCCUUUAUUAGUUAAUGAUAAUGGAAAGUCUCCAUUUCAAGGUUUUUAAUUGUUGGUGGACAAUGUUGUGAAGCAGUAAUUUACCAUUGCCUCUCCUGCCUCUGUCUGACUGAUUAAUUAAUGGAGCAAAUAUCACAGUGAGAGUGUGGUUAAAAACAGAAUGUGUUUUCAUAUUUAGUCACAAGAGGAAGCUGAAACUGCAUCCUCUACAUUGGGAGAGUCAUAUGUUAGUGUACAACAUCAUUCUGAAAGCAUCCAAAAGGAAUUGGUCACUGCUAAAACAUAGAGGCCUAUUUUUAGGCCUAUAAGGCAUUUUUAAUAAACGCUGCUUAAAUAUCCUAAUAUAACUAAGGUCUAGUUCUGGCUUAAGCUAAGCCCUGUCUGUGAAAGUGGACCCUAAUAUAAUGUAAUAUAAGAUUUGCAAUGUUGCUUGUAAAUGCUCUUUUUCAUUAGAAUACACAAAAGAUGUGCAUUCUGUAUAAUUAUGACUAAUCUACCAGCAGGAGCGAACAGGUCAUGAUAACCAGAAGAGAAGAAAGAAAACAAUACAUGAACCACUGAAAAUACAUAUACUGUGAAAAUUCUCCAAACUAAAGACUGUUUGAAAGCUCAAAACCUCUGUUGUUUUUCCAUGUUCAGUCACUAGCUGGCGCUCCAGCAGGGUCUGUAGAAGAGAUGCAUCUGUACACCAUUAAACUGAGCUAAAAUAACAAUUUGAAAUAAUUAUUAAAAAAAGAUUAUGACAUGUUAUCAUAAACCCCUGAUAAAAAUCAGUUUAAUAUCCAGUAAUGAUCAGCACUUUGUGUGUAAUGUUUGACCUUUAGUCUAAAUCAGUCACACAGACUAAAAUCAGGAUCACAAUAGACAUCUUAUCUGCUCUGAACUGAUCACUUGCUUUUAAAUAUGCACAAACAUGUUUUGUUGAUGUAAAAGCAUUCUGAUUGUUGUAUUAAGAUUAAUGUUUAGUCACUCUUUCGAUUUGCAAAUGGAUACAGAUUCCUUACCUGAUUUAGGGAUGACACUAUUUUCAGCUAAAAACUGAAAACUUUUAAUGCAUUUUGGCCAUGCAGGGGUGACCAAACUGUCCUGGAGGGCCACUGUCCUGCAGAGUUUAGCUCCAAUCCCAAUUAAACACACCUGAACCAGCUAAUCAAUGUCUAACUAGGUGUAAUAGAAACUUAAAGGCAGGUGUUGUGGAGCUGGUUAGAGCGAAACUCUGCAGGACAGUGGCCCUCCAGGACAGAGUCUAGACACCUCUGUUUUCAUGCAUCCAUGUGAAUUGGAAUAAUUUUGACAACAUUCACAUCUGUGUGCAAAAAAACGCAAAGAACAAACUUUUCUGUUUUAAGUACAUUGUUAUCAUGUAAAGUGUGAUCCUUGUUCUGUGAGUCUGGUGUUUGUGAUGGUCAAAGAUCUAGUCUGUCAUUCAGCUUCAGUCUGCCUCUGAAUCUCCCAUUAGCAUUUUCAUCAUAAAACCUGCACUUAUU